GAGGAGUUGGUGAGGACAGACAUCUCAGUGCUCCUCACACCCAGCACCACAGCUCCCAGCGGCCAUGCCUCGCUACACCGUGCACGUGAGGAGCGAGUGGCUGACGGUGCCCUGCAAGGACACGUGUAGCACCGUGUUGUGGUUGGGCCGAGAGGCCUUGAGACGCUACGUGAAGAACAAGCCAGACAAUGGCGGGUUGGACUGUGUGGCUGACGUGACGUUCCUGAUGAGACGCUGUCAGGGACAGGGAUUGUUAGAUCCCGAUGAUGCCAUUGAGGACGUUCUGGAAGACAAUGAUUUUGUGGAAGUUGUUAUUGAGGGGGACGUUAUGCCUCCAGACUUCAUUCCAUCUCAGCCGGAGAGAGUCCAUCUAUACCACAAAUAUCGGGAGCCGGAGGAGAAUAUUUAUUUAGACGGAAACAAUCUAACCACAGAAGACCUGGUUUCUUUGGGAAGAGGACUUUACAAGAUCAAGUUGACUGAAGAAUCAGAGGAGAGGAUCAGACAGUCGAGACUGCUUCUGGAAAAUAUUGUGAAAGAAAAUAAAGUUGUUUAUGGAAUAACUACUGGCUUUGGUAAAUUUGCUCGAACUGUGAUCCCACACAAUAAGCUCAAGGAACUCCAGGAAAACCUUGUGCGUUCCCAUUCAGCUGGUGUUGGGAAGCCCUUGACUCCAGAUAGAUCUCGGAUGCUCCUUGCUUUGAGGAUCAAUGUUCUCGCUAAGGGAUACAGUGGGAUUUCUUUGGAAACCCUCCAGCAAAUGAUCCAGGCUUUUAAUGCUUCCUGUCUCUCAUACGUCCCAGAGAAGGGAACAGUUGGGGCCAGUGGAGAUCUGGCUCCCCUUUCUCACCUCGCCCUGGGGCUGAUGGGUGAAGGCAAAAUGUGGUCACCAAAAAGUGGAUGGGCAGACGCCAAAUAUGUUUUGCAAGCACAUGGCCUGAAGCCCAUUACACUGAAGCCGAAGGAGGGACUGGCUCUCAUUAAUGGGACACAGAUGAUCACGUCGCUGGGAGCUGAGGCUGUGGAGAGAGCGACUGCUAUAGCCAGACAGGCUGACAUUAUAGCAGCUCUUACACUGGAGGUUCUGAAAGGCACCACAAGAGCCUUUGACAGUGACAUUCAUGAAUUACGUCCUCACCCUGGCCAGGUGGAGGUAGCCUUUCGAUUUAGGUCACUGCUGGGUUCUGACCAUCAUCCCUCUGAAAUAGCAGAAAGCCACAGGUUCUGUGAUCGUGUCCAGGAUGCAUAUACUCUACGAUGUUGCCCUCAGGUACAUGGGGUGGUGAAUGACACUAUUGCUUUUGUGAAAAACAUCAUUCAGACUGAAAUUAACAGUGCUACAGAUAACCCUAUGGUGUUUGCAGAAAGAGGAGAGACCAUUUCUGGGGGAAACUUUCACGGAGAAUAUCCCGCAAAAGCCCUCGACUACCUGGCUAUUGGUGUUCAUGAACUGGCCGCGAUCAGUGAGAGGAGAAUCGAGAGGCUGUGUAACCCUUCUCUCAGUGAAUUGCCAGCCUUCCUGGUCAAUGAAGGAGGGUUGAACUCUGGUUUUAUGAUCGCUCAUUGUUCAGCAGCUGCUUUAGUGUCUGAGAACAAGGUUCUGUGCCACCCGUCAUCAGUUGACUCCCUGUCCACCAGUGCAGCCACUGAGGAUCAUGUCUAUGGGGGCUGGGCUGCCAGGAAAGCCUUGAGGGUCAUAGAGCACGUGGAGCAAGUGCUUAGCAUUGAGCUCCUCGCAGCCUGCCAAGGGAUAGAAUUUCUCCGUCCUCUCAAGACAACAACUCCACUGGAGAAGGUCUAUGAUCUUGUGCGUACGGUGGUCAGACCUUGGAUUAAAGAUCGUUUCAUGGCGCCCGACAUUGAAGUUGUCCACAGGAUGCUGGUGGAACAGAAGGUCUGGCAAGUGGCACAUCCUUACAUAGAGAAGUACAGAACAGCCAACGUACCAGAAACGAGAUCGGUUUCCCCCACUGCCUUUUCACUGGACUCUCUAGAGCCUUCAUGCAAGCGAGCUCGUAAAGAAUAAGCUUUGUGCUUGACAGAGUUACAUAUCUAAGUGUACCAUAGCAGAAAGCUACCUCUUAUGUAGCGUACCAUCAUCUUAUAACAGUGUACAACUCAAUCUGUGAAUGUAGAGUUUAUAAGUGGGUUUCAGUGAUACUUGAAUUAUUUGAUAAAUUGUGGAGAUUUCAUCUUGGAUAUAUGCCAUUUUACUGGGUGUCUGGAAAUUUAUUGCAAUGGACCUUAGUUUGUAAAUGGGACACUUUGGUGUGUGAGAGAGAGAGAAAGAGAGCGAAAGAUCACAAGACUGGUUUGGAUGAAAAAGGUAAUCAGAAGAUGUUUAGGCCAGAAUAUACAAUGAGUUUGGAUUACAAUGUAGUGAGGGUGUAGGAAUGACACAUGCCAACAGUAUAGGUAAAGGGAGACAACAUAAAAAUAUAAGAACUUGCUAGAUGAAAGACCAAGGUCCAUCCAGUUCACCUUCCACCAUCCUGGCAGUCGCUUGGCAUGUCAUGUCCCAAACUCUCUAUUGUAUCCCCAGAUAUUAUUUCCUAAUAGAAAUCUAUCUCAUUUGUUCAUGAAAGAAUCAACACUUUCUGCUUCCACCGUCUCCCUAGAGAGAUUGUUCCAUGUGUUUAAUACUCGCUCACUGAGGUGAUAUGAGAUCUGGGAAAGCAAAGUAAUGAGGUCAAGAUGGAAUCCUAUUUAAAUAGACAGCUAUUUCUUGUGAUUGCAGCAUUACACCUUGCACUCUCCCUCGCCUCCUUCAAGACCCUUCUUAGGACCUUCCUCUUCAACUGCGCCUUCAGCCACCCUCCUCUCCCCGCCCUCCACGCCCCCAGCUUGGGUUCAAAUCCCUGACUGUCCAGCACCUUGGGACGUCCUCCUGAUGUAAAGGGCACCGUUUAAAUGUCAUUUGUUGUUGUUAUAUUGCUGAAAUUAUCAAUUAAUGUGUGAUAUAAGAAAUGAAAUGCUUUGGUGUUAAACAAAAAUAAUAAGGAUGGGGGAAGGUAAGCAUGAUACGUGGAGUGUUAUUUGGUCAUUGACUGUUAAAGCCAUGAGGCUACAGUGAAAUUGAUUGUGAAUAAACUAGAGGUUGUUUAUUGAUUCAGAGUGAAGGGCCCUUAUUUGUAAGCGAGGGGGACGGUGAUAUUUAUAAGUCAACUAUGAAUUACAAAAACCUAUAAAGUAACUUCAAGUUUA